GAACGCAGCGCUUUUUUCCUGCGUUGACCUCUGACAGCCGCUCAUGGAUCCGCUCCCUACCUCACAAACACGGAAGCGGCAUGGCGUCCAACAGCAACGUCGGCGGCAGCUCCGACAGACAACGAAUUGCACAGCAAAGACUGAGAAUAAUUGCCGGACAUUUACAGGGACCGGUGGACAGUGACUCGACCAUCCUAGCCGCGGAGUGCAAAGCCCAGAGCAGCAAAACAGAUGUCUCCAAUGAGAGGAAGACGGUGCCGAGGAGAAGGCAGGAGAUUUUGAAAUGGAACGGAUGGGGAUACAGUGAUACAAGAUUCCUCUUUAACAAAAAAGGUCAAGCAGAAUUCACCGGUAAAAGAUAUAGACUAAGUGGUAUGAUCAUCCCUGCUCUGCAAAAUUGGUUUGAAGGCACUUUUGGAGCCAGUAUGCAGCAUAAAUCUCCAGCAAUGCCCAUUUUGACUAGCAGUGCUGUACAGCCUCCCACUCUUAACGAGGCCUUCGUGGACGAACUGAAAUCCACAGGUAUUCCCUUCUCUCAUGAUGCAGAGGACCGGGUGUUUCGCGGCCACGGCCAUUGCUUACACGAGGUCUUUGCUCUGCGAGAGGGGAAAGUUGGUCGUGUUCCAGAUAUGGUGGUAUGGCCAAGUUGCCACAAUGACGUAGUGAAAAUUGUGGAACUUGCAUGCAAACAUAAUGUUUGUUUGAUACCAUAUGGAGGAGGGACUAGCGUCUCUAGCGGCCUUGAGUGCCCCCCAGAGGAAACUCGCUGCAUUGUCUCUCUGGAUACCUCACAGAUGAACCGCAUUCUGUGGAUUGAUGAGAAAAAUUUAACCGCCCAUGUGGAAGCUGGCAUUGUCGGUCAGGAAUUGGAAAGAUUGCUUAAUGAGAGCGGCUACUGUACUGGGCAUGAGCCGGACUCCAUGGAGUUCAGCUCCCUGGGAGGCUGGGUAGCAACCAGAGCAUCAGGCAUGAAGAAGAACAUCUACGGCAACAUUGAGGACCUGGUUGUCCACGUAAAGAUGGUGACACCACAAGGAGUGAUUGAAAAGGGCUGUCAGUGCCCACGCAUGUCCACAGGUCCGGACAUUCACCACUUCAUCAUGGGCUCAGAAGGAACCCUGGGUGUGGUUACUGAGGUAACGAUGAAGAUUCGUCCCAUGCCGGAGUAUCAGAAAUACGGCUCAGUGGUAUUUCCUAAUUUUGAGCAGGGAGUGGCGUGUCUUCGAGAGGUUGCCAAACAGAGGUGUGCCCCUGCAUCUAUACGACUCAUGGACAAUGAACAAUUUAAAUUUGGUCACGCCCUGAAGCCUCAGGUAUCCUCAAUUUUCACAUCCUUUCUGGACGGGUUGAAGAAAUUUUACAUCACCAAGUUCAAAGGGUUCGACCCGGACCGCUUGUGUGUGGCCACCCUACUGUUUGAGGGAGACCGUGAGAAGGUCCUGCAGCAUGAGAAGCAAGUUUAUGACAUUGCUGCAAAAUUUGGGGGGCUGGCAGCUGGAGAGGACAAUGGGCAGAGGGGCUACAUGUUGACCUUCGUCAUCGCUUACCUCCGGGACUUGGGGAUGGACUACUAUGUGAUCGGGGAGUCCUUUGAAACCUCUGUGCCUUGGGACAGGGUGUUGGACAUUUGCCGAAACGUAAAGGCACGCAUCAUUCAAGAGUGUAAAGACAAAGGAGUGCAGUUUUCACCGUUAUCCACAUGCAGGGUGACACAGACAUACGACGCUGGUGCCUGUGUCUACUUUUACUUUGCCUUUAACUACAGGGGACUCAGUGAUCCAGUGCAUGUGUAUGAACAAGUUGAGCAUGCAGCUAGAGAGGAGAUCCUUGCCAAUGGAGGGAGCUUGUCACAUCACCAUGGAGUGGGGAAACUUCGGAAGGAGUGGAUGAGAGAGACGAUCUCGGAUGUUGGCUUGGGGAUGCUUAAGUCUGUCAAGAACUACGUGGACCCCAAAAACAUCUUCGGCAACAGGAACCUCAUCUAAUUUCCAGCUCACCUUAAUCUCACUUUUUUCUAAAAAGCACCUUGUGCAUUUUGGAUUGAUAGAUACUAAAUGUGAAUUGAAAAUGGACAGCAAUGUUGUUUUUUCCAUCAAAGUAUCAUUCGGUGCCAUCUAUUCAUUUACCCAAACCUUUUCUUUUACAUUAAUUUGCACUUAAUAUGCUGUAACAAUCAUUGUCACUCACAGUGAAGCUCAUAUUUGCUGUUGUUGGAGCUGCAGCCAUGAUGCGACCAGAUAUAAUGCAACAACAUCUUGAUUUUUGUCAUAUUUUCUUAUGUUUAACCAUUUCUUGAAUAUCCUUGCCAACAUGGUUAAUUCAUCGGUUUGUUUUCACUUUCCUCUUGUGUAUGUGUCGGGGGCACUUCUUUAGGGGUUAGUUCUAGAUGAAUGCGCUAUCUGAAGCUCUGUGCCUUUCUAAAGUUAAUGUCUGCCUUCCUCCUCUCCUACUAAACACUCUGCUGGUGUACAGUGAGUCCCUUUGUGAAGAGAUAUGAACUGGACAUGAUGUUUCCUCUGUCUUCAUCCUGCACUUGCCCUCAUGCCUGUUGUACUGACCUAUUGCCAUAAGAGACUUUUUCUGGACUGACUGACUGUGUGCGUGUGUGCCUCUGCCCCACCAAAUUUUAACAAGAUCCCCCCCCCUCCUAGUAGUACAGUCUGAUUAUAAAGAGAGAUAUUGUGUGUUUAGUUUUUUGUACUGAAAGUGUUUACCUUACAUGGUUUGUUACUAAGAAAGUAAAGUGUUGGGUUUGCACAUUGCAUUUUUUUCAAUCACGCCUGCUUCAAUGUAACCGCGCUCGCAUUGUAAGACCUAUGGAUCCCGGUGCUCACGUCGUACCAAAGACUCAACACAUCAGAUCAUGGAAACAUACCGUGAACAUAUGUUUGACAAUGUGACCUUCACACCCAUUUACUUACUUUGUGCACAGCUAAACUAUAUUUUUGAAUCAACAUAUGCAAAGAUAACCCUUCUGAGAGCUGUAAAAUAUAGACAUUUGUUACUGCUAUGUGCUAAAACUUUCUACAUCAUGUUUCCUACGUUAAAGACACUGUAUUGAAUUAUUUCUGCUUUAUAGAAUUUUUUUUCCUGAAAGUUUCCCUUGUUAUCUGUAGUGUGUAAAGGUUUUUUAGAACCGAUACUGUAAUGUACUACAAUGUAAUAUCAGUUGUGUUCCAUUGUCACCAUUGGUUUUGAAGCAAAGUAAAACUUUAAGAGAGCUGUUUGCUGAUGAAGCUUGCCUUUUUUACCUAAUGUGUGGUUGAGAUUUUCCUCGACCACCUUGUCCUUUUUUAAUUCAUAUUUCCCCACACAUAAAAGGACUUAGUAGGACCUCAUCAUGUGACAUUUUACCUCGGUGUCAAAAAUGUGCGAGAGAUUUUGAACGUUAUGGAUGUACCUUAUUUUGUUAUUUUCCACUUCUCUUAACAACGUAACAUCUGACUACAUUGUGUCUGUUUGUGCAAUAAAUUGAACUAAAAAA